GAAGGCGAGGAGCACGAAGAGGAGCGGCCCGAGGAGGAGCAGCAGUGGCAGGAGCAUUGCGGGGCUCCACGGCGAGCCCGCUGAGCCCGCAGCUCGGCUGGCCCCGGCAGCAUCGCAUUGCCCUGCGUGCCGCGGCAAGCAAGCAGCACUGGGUUUUCGGGAAGUCACCGCUCUACUCACGGCACACACCACUUACAAGUUCGGAUUGUCCAUUCCCAAACCUUCUCUGGAUGGAGGAGAAGGCUGCGAGGAAGCAGAAGAUGCCCCAGGACACUGAGGCAGAUAAUGAGCUGAGGAUGGAGAGCAGGGAGGACAAAUCCCCAUGGCAGAACCUCAUGGACGAGGCCGUUUUUAGCGGCUCCAUGGCACAGGAAUCCAAUGGGGAGGAAAAGCCCCGGAGAUCCCUCAGGAGGAGGGGCUCCAAACCCAGCCCAGGAUAUGCUGAGGGAGAAAGACCCAGCCUGUGCCAGGAAGGCAGCCAGAGAUCUGGCCAGAGCUCUGAGGUGGUGGUCCAUGUGCAGCUUAAUGAUGACAAGAAGCCCCACCAUUGCUUGGAAUGUGGGCAGAGUUUCCUCAUGAGGUCCCGCCUGGUCCGCCACCAGAUGGUGCACACUGGGGAACGGCCCUACGAGUGUGGGGAAUGUGGGAAGAGCUUCAGAGACACCUCGGACCUGAUCCGCCACCAGAGGAUUCACACUGGGGAACACCCCUACGAGUGUGGGGAAUGUGGGCAGAGAUUCAGCAUCAGCUCCUACCUGAUCGUCCACCAGAGGAUCCACACUGGGCAACGGCCCUAUGAGUGUGGGCAAUGUGGAAAGACCUUCAACACCAGCUCCAGUUUGAUCCUCCACCAGAGGACCCACACUGAUGAACGGCCCUAUACAUGUGGAGAAUGUGGGAAAGCCUUCAGGAAGAGCGGCCACCUGAAUCGCCACCAGAUGACCCACACUGGGAUACGACCCUAUGUGUGUGGGGAGUGUGGGAAGGGCUUCUGUGACACCUCUGGCCUGAUCAUCCACCAGACCAUGCACACUGGGGAAAGCCCCUACAGGUGCUCACAAUGUGGGAAGAGCUUCAGCCGGAGCUCCAAACUGAUUGUCCACCAGAGGAUCCACACUGGGGAGAAGCCCUAACAGUGUCCCAAGUGUGGGAAGAACUUCUCCCAGAACUCUACUGUGACCCAGCACCAAGGGAGGCAGGAGUAAGGGAAGCCCUACAAUUGCCCCGUGUGCAGGAAGAGCUUUGAGCGCUGCUCCAACUCCAUCCCCCACUGGAGGACCCCCAUUGGAUGAUCCACAGUGAGACUUGGUGAUCCAUGGUCCUGGUGAUCCUUGUUAGGAAGACACCUGGCUGGUGGUCUGCACAUCUUCCUGGCUUCCCUUGGACACUUGGACACAGCCAGAGAAAAAUGCAUUGGGAUGCAAACCGACAUCAGAAUUUCAUAGGGGACAGCAGUUUUUUACUUUCGACCCCAAAAUUAUCUUACCUUUUGCAGCCAAUCAUUUCUUCAGGUGGCAUCAAGGAUGGUAUUGGAGGUCUUUUCCAACCUAAAUCAUUCCAUGAUUCUAAUUCUCCCUGGCCUAGAGACAUCAUCCACAGCCAAAUGGUGAUGGACUGGGGCACAAAACCAGGAUUUUGGAGACAAUGGAGUGGAAAUUCCUCUAGAAAAGGUCCAUUGUACCCACCCAGGCACAUGGAUACUCAGCCAACAUGGACACAUAAAUCCUGUUAUUUUGGCCUUGAUUUUCUUUCACUUUUCUUCAUCCCUUCACCCAACACUGGGGUAAAAAUAAGACAUUUAACUAAGACACGGAUGGUGACAUUGGGGAAUAUGGUGGGGAUGGGGCUGGGGACAUGGACAAGGAUAUGGGUGUGGACAUGGCUGUGGAUGGCAAUGUUGGGCAUGGAGGGGGUGUCACAGGUAUAGAUGGUGACAUGGGGCCAUAUGGCUAUGGAUGAGGACAUGGGGGACGUGGCCAUGGGUGGUGACAAGUGGCUUAGGGGACAAGUCCAUGGGUUGACAUGUCCAUGCCAUGAGGUGUCCCAUGACCAAGAACAGCACAUCCCCACCACCACCACGAUACUGUCCCCUUCAUGCUCCCGUUUAUUCCCUGCUCUUUCCCUGGCUGUGACACCUCCCUUGCAGGAUGUCCCCAUGUCCAGGUGACCCGUGUCCCUCAGCUACUCCCAGUGGCUCCAGCAGCAGCCAGAGCCCAUCCUCAGCACGCAGGAUCAGCUCGGGCUUGCGGCACGGGGGUGGCCUCGCCGUGUCCCUCCACAGCACAAACCGGGACAGUGUCAGUGCCACUGCCACCUUCAUCUCAGCCAUGGCAAAGCUCUGCCCGAUGCAGUUCCUGCCACCACAUCCCUACUGUCAGUGUCACCCCACUGUGAACCCAGCCAGGGAUGGGGGUGGCACUUGGGGACACUCCUGUCCCCACUCCACCACUUACCUGGGGCCAGCAGAGAAGGGGAUGAAGGACAAUGGGGACCCUUGCUGUUCUCCAGGCUGAACCUCAGAGGGUUGAACACCUGGGGUGACACCAACACAGUCACACUGAGGGGACACAGUUGUCACCAUCAUGGUGACAGGGACACCUGACAGGGCAGCCCUACCUCAGGCUCAGGCCAGAGGUCUGGGUUGUGGUGGGUCCCGUAGAUGCUCAUCGGGCAUUCCUGGUGAGAUGGGAAUGGCCACUUUAGGGACAGCAGAUGAGGGUGGCUGGUGACACUGUGGACGCCCUGGCCGUGCCAUACGCUUGGCGAUGACACGGCCAUCACGCAGGGGAAUGUCCUCAGUGCAGCCCCGGGACACAGCAGUGACAGGAGGGUGCAGCCGCAGGCUCUCCUUGAUGCACAUGGUGGUGAAGGGCAACUCCCUGGGGACAAUUGGGGAUAGUAUCAUGUGUCUGGUGCCCCAUGUGUGGAGACAUUGAGUCUGGACUCCAUGUUCUCAGACGGCUGGUUUAUUAUAUUAUGAUACAUAUUAUAUUGAAAUACAAUAUUAUAUUGAAAUAUAAUAUAAAAAACUAUACUAAAAGAAUAGAGAGAAAAAAUUCAUCAGAAAGCUAGAAAGAACAAGAAUAGAAUGCAUAACACAAUCUUGUGACUGCUCACAGCCUCGACACAGGUGGCUGUGAUUGGUCAUCAAGUGAAAACAAUCCACAUGGACCAAUGGAAGAUGCACCUGUUGCAUUCCACAGCAGCAGAUAGUCAUUGUUUACAUUUCUCUCCUGAGGCUCCUCAGCUUCCCUGGAGGGAAUAAUCCUAGCAAAGUAUUUUUCAUAAAAUAUCAUAGCUACAGUACCAUGUCCCCAAGCCACAUGACCAGGGCUGACCCUGGGGACAUCUCACCAUUCAAUGUCCGCAGUGUCCUGGCCAGCCAGGAGCUCCUGGACCUCCUGGCGGCAUCGCUCCUGGUGCUCAGGGUGGCCAGCCAGGUUGUAGAAGAGCCAUGCCAGGCCACUGGCCGUGGUGUUAUGACCUGUGGGGACAUUGGGUGAGUGAGGGGACACUGGAGUGGCUCCUCCCCAGUGGCGCCUGGGAGCUCGUGCUCACCCUGAAACAUGAAGGUGUCAGCCUCAGCCGCGAUGUCCUUGUCCGACAGGGUGUGGCCGUUCUCGUCCUGCGGGGGUGAGAUGAGCCUGGGGCCACCGGUCUACGGCCAAAUCCCAUCCAUGGCCACCACUCUUCCCCCAUGGCCACCACCCUACAGGUACCACCAUGCCACUGGCCAUCAGCUCUAUGGUCAAUGCUGCCCAUGGCCACCACUGUUCCCCUGUGGCCACCAGUCUAUGCCCCAGCCCACCAUGGCCACCAGCAUCCUCCGUGCCUCUAUGGCCAACCCUUCCAUGGCCACCACCAUCCCCUAGACCACCAUCCCCCCAUGGCCACCACCCUAUGGUCACCAUCAUCUCCCCAUGGCCACAGCCACCCUCUUGAGCACUUCCAUGUCUCCAUGGCCACCAUCAUCCCCCAUCCCCUCAUGGCCACCAAAGGAUGAGGGUUGGGGGACAACCAGAGGCUGGACAUGGUGACACCUUUGGGUGGCCUUGAGGAACCUCAAGGACAGGUUGGUGGCCACUGUGGGGUGGCAUUUGGCCUGGCAGUGGUGACACCUCUGGGGACCUGUGGACUUGGGUUGGUGGCUACUGCCUGGGCACUGCCAGGUCUCUGUGCCAGGUGCGGUGACACCCAUGGGUGGCCCUGGGGACCCGUCUGAUGUCCCAUGUCCUACCUGAGGCACUGAGGAGUGGCUGGAGGGUGCUGGGGUGGAAGAGGCACAGGACAGGCAGCCAGAGAAGUUCCCACCAGAGGCAGCUAUGACAGUACUGGGCCACCAAGGUGUCCACCUGCUGUAGGGCUUCCUCCGUGCUCUGGCCCUGGGGAGAACAGGACAUGUGUGUCACUGGGGACACAGAUAGGCUUGGGGACUUGUGUGUCACCAAGACACUGCCAGCCUUGGGGACAUGUGUGACUGUCCCCACUGUCCCCUUGCAGGUGCCACCACUCUGUCCUCACCAUCCCAAGUGCCACCACCCCAUUCCUUCAGUCCCCUCAUAGGUGCCACCACCCAAUUGUUCCUUUGCAGGUGCCUCCACCCCUGUCCCCGUUGUUCCCGCAGGUGCCAUCCACUGUCCUCUCACAAUGCCGGUGUGUCCCAGCAACCAAUUGUGCCAGGGCAGGAUGGGGAACUUGUUCAGCUGGUGACAAGUGGCCCGGAAUUGGGUGACAGCCACCAGCACAUCCCAGAGCCACCGCAGCAGCAGGACCACCACGAAGGUGCCCAGGGCCACCAUGCCCAGGGAACCUAGUGCCAUGGCCACCGCCAUGGAACUGCUCCUGGGGACAGGCUGGGGACAGGGCAAGGGGCGGGCAUGGGUGGUGUCACCGCGGGGUCACGUGGCACCGUGCUGGGUGUCACCGGAUCCGCCUUUUGUCGUAAUGCACGUUCUGGUGGCAGCGUCCUCUGACACGUCCUGAUGGCUUCUUGUGCUGACAUGUCCUAGUCCUGCGUCCCCACAUGUGUAUCCUGGUGGCAUCGUGUUCCCCCCCGCUGCUUGCAGUGUCCCCGUCUCCCUGUGUGUGUCCCUGUCCCCUCCAUGUGUCCCUGUCCCUCCUUCCCUCUGUGUAUCACCAUCCCCCACCUGUGUGUCCCUAUCUCUCUGCACCUGUCCCUGUCCACUUUCCCCAUCGUCGUGUGUUCCUGUCCCGUCCUAGUGUCCCUGUCCCCAUCUCCCCCAUGUGACCCCGUUCCCUUCCAUGUGUCCCUGUCCCCUCUGAGUGUCCUCAUCCCCAUCUGCCCCGUGUGACUCUGUUCUUUCCGUGUGUCCCUGUCCCUCUCUGUAUGCCCCCUGCCCCUCGCCCCUGGUGGGACCAAAAAUCCCCGAGGUCCCAGGGCUGUGUCCUGUGGGAUAUUCACGUGUCCCACAGCAUGUCCCUGUGUCCCAUAGGAUGUUCCAAUGGCUGUUCCUUGCACUGAGCUUCUGCCCUGUGCCAGCACAGAGAGGGACACCCCAUGACAACCCACAGCACCCCACGGCACUUUGACCUCUGGUUUUGUCUUUUCUCCUUGGUUUGGUGGGCACCUCUGUCUCGAUCCUCUGGUACAAGUGGAGGUCGUGAUGGUUCAUUAACUGAUUUCAGAGUGCAAAAUCAACACAGAGGGGAUUUCAGUAUUGAUCAAAACAAAUGCACCUUUUAUUGAUUGCCCACAGCAAAUGCCAUAGAAGUGUUAGAAAAGAGAUAAAAUAUAAAGACAGAGAGAGACAGAGAUUGAGAGAGAGAAAGAGAGAGAGAGAAAGAGAGGGUAUAGCUACCAAACGUAGAGACAAAAUCCUUGUGGUCCAGAUUGAUGGAAAUUAACCUUGUGAUGUCGGGGAGAAUCUCAACAUCCUGGUUAACUCAGAUAUUGUAUUUGUGUUUCCCCCAGACAGGGAAGGAAUGAUGAAUCUGACUCCAUGUUCUCAGAAGGCUAAUUGAUUAUUUUGUGAUACUAUAUUAUAUUAAAAGAAUGCUAUACUAUACUAUACUAUACUAUACUAUACUAUACUAAAGAAUAUAGAAAGGAUACUUACAGAAGGCUAAAAAGACAAUAAUGGAACUCAUGACUCUCUCCAGAGUCUGACACAGCUUGGCCCUGAUUGGCCAAUAAGUCAAAACAAUCAGAGCAAAAACCAAUGAAACAAUCACCUGUUGGUAAACAAUCUCCAACCACAUUCCACAUGAGCAAAACAGAGGGGAAGCAAAUCAGAUAAUCAUUGCUUUCAUUUUUCUCUGAGGCUUUUCAGUUUCCCUGGACAAAAAUCCUGGGCAAAGGGAUUUUUCAGUGAAUGUGACACUCAGGGGUCUCUUAUAGUCCUUUGCCAAGGGAGGGAACAGGUAAUUCUCUUGAAAUCGCUGAGGGGGAACAGGUACAAUGAAGAGUAAGUCUGUUGAAACCGUCAAGGGGGAACAGGUCAUGUUCUCAGCAGUGAGUGAGAGUCAUUGUUUUCUUGACCCAACGACAACACCUGGCACAUCUCGCUUCAGUUUGGUCAGCCCCCCCCGCACUUCAUGUUAAAUUACAGGGGUCUCAAUCUCAGUCCUUGGGAGGGGGGGCUGCAAUCUCUGUCUGUCAUUUUGGUAGAGAAGCAGAUGAAGGGUUUUCCAUGGGGAACCACCAAAGUUAGCCCUGAAAGUUCAUUUGGCCAAGAGGUGGGGAAAUUCAUGGGCUAUUGCCAAGAAGCGGGUGCAAGCAUAUAGGGCGAGUCGCUCCUUUGCCAGCCCCCAGCUAGAAGCAGUCACUGCAAACACAGCUGUGCACAAUCACUUGGGCAGCAUCCACCUCAGCCAGGCCAGAACUCCAGUCA